AUGGCCACCUCCCAAUCAAGCCAACUCAUCAUUCUGAACGACUUCGUCACCCUCCCCAUCAUAAUCAGCGACUACGACGCCCCCACCGAAACUAAGCGGCGAGCCUCCAGCACCGCGACCACCACAACCGCCCACAGCCGCCAAAACAGCGCCGCAUCAACCAACGACUCCGCGACAACCGCAGCCGACCCCUCCCAGCAACAAUGGUCCACCGGCUUCACGUCCUUCACCGACGAGCUGUGGGACCGCAUGACCGUCAACAUGAAGCAGAGGCUGCGCCAGGCGUGCGUGGAGGUGCUGAAGCGAACGGACGAUACCAAUUCCUGGAUUGAGUCGUGA